GUUCUCGUUUCGGUCGGACCAAGGCGGAGAGGACGCACCCGUCGUAGCCUACAACACUCGGCAGCCUGGCGUUCGAUGAUGAUGUCGUUAGCUAUCGCUUUAACAUCGAGAAUUCUAGUACGCGCAGGCUCGGUGUAGUUACAGGCGGAUUGAGAGGCUCUACGUGAGAAGGACAAGAUGCCUGCAGAAUCCCGAGGAAAUGGAGCGGACAAACCCGACACGGGAGGACCGCCGAGCAGGAAGGCGAAGCUCGGCGCGUUCACCGGCGUCUUCAUCCCCGUUGUCCUAAAUAUCGUCAGCAUUCUUAUGUUCCUUCGUUUCGGCUCCAUAAUAAGUCGAAUCGGCCUGCUUGGCAUGCUCGGUUUGCUUGCUAUAGCAUACGCUAUCAACGCCACCGCGGUCCUCUCCUUGUCUGCCAUCGCGUCCAAUGGCGAAGUUAAGGGGGGCGGUGCUUACUACUUGAUUUCGAGGUCCCUCGGCCCUGAAUUUGGCGGCUCGAUUGGCGUUCUUUUCUACCUGUCUCAGGUUGUCAGCAUAUCCCUCAACAUCGUUGGUCUCAUAGACUGCAUCAAGCUGAACCUCGGGCCUCAGGUACCGCAGGGCUAUUGGGAAGGAUAUGGUAUGCAGACGGCCGCACUCAUCUUCUGUACGGCCCUUAGUCUCGCUGGGCGGACCAUCUUCGUUCAAGCUAGUAGCGGCCUAUUCAGCAUACUUAUCCUAGCCAUCGUCACCAUUCCCGUCUCGGCUUUUAUCAGGCGCCCCUUCAAGGACGAUGCGCUUGGGGUCGAGUUUACUGGAUUGAGCCUCCGCACAAUACGUUUAAACCUAUAUCCUCCCGUCGUUGGCCCGUCAUACCAAGGCGUCGAGACAUUCAGGGAACUGUUUGGCAUCCUCUUCAGCGCCACUUCCGGUGUCUUUGCCGGAGCUUCGAUGUCGGGAGAUCUUCGCAACCCAAGCAAGGCAGUCCCGAAAGGAACGGUGUGGGCCAUGGCUGGAACAUUCUUGCUCUACUUCGUCGUCAUCUUGUCAAUAGCAUCCACCAUUACACGGCCUUCCCUCCUGCGAAAUAUUCAUGUCAUCCCUGCCAUGAGCAUAUGGCCGCCGUUGAUCCUCGCUGGAGAAUGUGCAACGGCGUUCUUCUCGGCCUUGAUGGGUAUCAUUGGAGGUGCUAGACUUCUUCACGCUCUUGGGCGAGAUAGAAUUCUUCCCGGGCUGUCCAUAUUUGGAAGAGGAAAUAGGCGCGGGGAUCCCGUAUUUGCGGUGCUGAUCACCUAUACGAUCGCACAAGUUGCCCUUCUCGCCAACUUGAAUCAAAUUGCAACGCUCGUCUCCAUGGGUUACCAGAUGACCUUCUUAGUUAUGAACUUGGCGUGCUUCUUGCUAAAGAUAGGAUCGGCUCCCAACUUCCGCCCUGCAUUCCGGUUUUUCAGUUGGCAUACCGCUUUCGUCGGAACUAUCCUUUCUGCGGCUGCAAUGCUCUUCAUAGACGAGACCUACGCAAUCUCGGCCGUCUGUAUGCUGAUACUCCUCUUUCUCGUCAUCCAUUACACAAGCCCGCCAAAACACUGGGGCGAUGUGUCCCAGAAUCUGAUCUAUCACCAAGUUCGAAAGUACCUAUUACGACUUAAACCUGAGCACAUCAAGUUCUGGAGACCCCAGAUUAUCCUACUAAUCAACAACCCUCGAAAUCACAUGCAGCUGAUCCAAUUUUGCAACUCUCUCAAGAAAGGAUCUUUGUAUAUCUUGGGACAUGCAAUAGUGACGGAUGACUUCAACUCGGGAAUACAUGAGGCAAAGCUGCAGCAAUCGGCCUGGUCUCGGUACAUUUCAGAAUAUUCCAGGAUCAAGGCUUUUGUCCAGUUGACGAUGUCGCCCACUAUUGUUUGGGGUGUCCGGAAUCUGAUUCUCUCAGCUGGACUCGGUGGGAUGCGGCCCAAUAUAGCCGUUUUGGGCUUCUAUAACAUGGACGAGCUACGAAAGACUCGCCCGGAUACUAAGAUACCGGGUAUUCCCAUUACCUUUACGAAGACGAGGGCUGUAACCAAGGCAGAGGGGAAGGCUCCAAAUCGUCGGCGUGGCGACGCAUCUUCCCGGCUUCUGGACAGCUUCCUUCCAACCGACACGAUCCGUACGGAAGGUAUGAUGUCUGUUACAAGCUACUUGACGAUUCUCGAAGAUCUUGCGCUUCGUCAUCGACUAAAUGUCGCCGUCGGCAAAGGAUUCCAAGCCUUAGAAACCCCUCAUCACGACGGAAGCAACACCAAGAAAUAUAUCGACCUUUGGCCAAUUCAAAUGUCGGCUGAGAUCGCUGGUGGUGAUAAGAGCCUACUGACCACUAAUUUUGACACGUAUACGCUAAUUCUCCAACUUGGCUGUAUUUUGGAGAGUGUGCCCGUAUGGAAGAGGGCGUUUAGACUUCGUGUACUAGUAUUCGUUGAAUACGAGAGUGAAGUCGAAGAGGAACAUGCAAGGUUGAAGGCUUUACUAGAAAAGUUGAGAAUCCAGGCUAUAAUCCGAGUCUUCUGGCUCGCUUCGGGGUACCUUCAGACCUACGAAGCGGUCGUCAACGGCAGUAGAUUGAGCUCCGAAUAUGGCAGUAUCACGGACGAGGUACUGAGGGAUGACGAGUGGUGGCAGGAACUACAACAGUUGAGGGCGGAUGCUUACGGAACGGCUCUAUCGCCACAGCUCACUUCACUAGGGGGUAUAUUUGAAGCUGCUAGGCGCAGACGCAGCUCCGUCUCUAGGCCUGAUGCCCAUGUUGAGUCUCUAAGGAGGCUAAGCGUCAACGAGUGGCUCGAUGGAUCGAGGAAGCCGACCAUUUCUAUGAUUGCGAAAUUGCGUGUCAAUGUCGGCAUCCGUACUCAUCAACUUGGCUCUGCUACAUUCAAUGGCCGGCCGGAUGCCGACUCACCCGAGUCUAGCGAAGAUGAUGACGGUUCUAAUUCAUUUUCAGAUGCCGACUUCAACGAAGCAGCUAGUGAGGCAAGCGGCGAUGAUAUUGAAGAGUUACCCUCGUCGGAGAGAGCCGUCAUGUUGGCGUUUACGGGGCGGAGAACAAGCCAGCGAGGUAUGAUACGUGGAGUAGAUCUAGUAAAGACGCUUGAAGGACCGCGCCCAAAAUUGCUGAGGGCCCCCCCAGCCGCAACUAUGUCCGGGUACGGUACGAUGAACCCAGCGCCGAAAGCAAGUAUUGCGCCCGCCUACACUCCGAAUACAACGCCUGGCCCAGGCAAAGUUGCAACCGGAAUAGCGAAAGCAACCCCCAGACCACACCUUUCACGCCACUCAUCAGCAAGCCGGUUCACCAGCAGGCCGACACCCGAAACUAAAGUGCUGGCAGAAGGCGACUCGGACCCAAUCAUCAUGUUUUCCCACGAAGAGAAUCCGACAUCGCUCCAGGCUAGACGCCCAGUACUUUCGCAGGAUCUGUCCCUGUCAAGAGGGACUUCCGGGAGACCCCCUCCGGAAGCCAGAAUUAGGAACGGACCUGAAUCUAGAUUGACCGAGUCACCACUGCGCUCACGGGACCGACUGGUGGAUACGAAGUUCGAUGUAUUGUGCUGCCCUAGCCCCCAACUGGACGACGGAGACGGUUCAACAUGCUCGACGCAUAGUUUGGCUCUCUCGUUCAACGACUUACCCAGCCGGGCCCAGCACUUGGUCCUCAACGAGCUGAUGCGCCAGCACAGCAGCGACACUGCGGUGUUGCUUACGACGUUGCCAAUUCCCGAGGAGGGCACGGGUAAGAGCGAGGAAGCUAGUCUGAGAUAUCUGAGCGACAUCGAGGUCCUCUGUCACGAACUCCCGCCGGUUCUACUCGUGCUAAGUAACAACAUGACUGUUACCGUCGGCUUGUAGUGUAUAUACACCGGCCAUCAAUAGGGGGUUUCACUUUAGGAUUUAGAUCACU